GAAACGCGCCGCCUCUUUGGGAGACUUUUCUUUUUUUGUGCCCCUGAUUUACACAUCAACAGGGUAAAAUGAUACGCCUUUGACAGUUGUCCCAUUUUCUGCAAAGUAUGGUGUGCAGACAAAUUGGAUAAGGAAGCAUUUUCGUCGAACAAGCAGGAGUACAUACUCCAUUUGUAGGAUGGAAACCCUGAUUCCUACUAUCAACCGGCUGCAGGAGGUCUUUCUGACUGUGGGAGCAGAGGUCAUACAACUACCUCAGAUAGUCGUGGUUGGAUCUCAGAGCAGUGGGAAAAGCUCUGUGUUGGAGAGCCUGGUUGGCAGGGAUUUCUUGCCUCGGGGAUCAGGAAUUGUCACAAGACGACCUCUUGUGUUGCAACUCAUAAAUGUUGCCCCUUUGCAGGAGAGACUGCAGACUGAAAAUGGAAAUCGGGUUAAACAAAAUGGCCAAAACAGCUACCCAGGCGUCAGUGCUGAAGAAUGGGGUACGUUCCUGCACUGCAAGAACCAGAUCUUUACAGAUUUUAUGGAAAUCCGUCGGGAAAUCGAGGCAGAGACGGAGCGGAGUUCAGGAGACAACAAGGGCAUCGGUUCCGAGCCCAUAUAUUUGAAGAUUUUCUCCCCAAAUGUGCUCAACCUCACGCUGGUUGAUUUACCUGGAAUUACCAAGGUUCCUGUUGGGGACCAGCCAGAGAACAUUGAAGAACAAGUGCAAGAGAUGAUUUCUUCCUUCAUUUCCAACCCAAACUCUCUUAUCCUGGCAGUGUCCCCUGCCAACUCUGACUUAGCCACCUCUGAUGCACUGAAAUUAGCCCGUGAAGUUGAUCCAGAUGGUCGUCGAACGCUGCUGGUGGUCAGUAAACUGGACCUGAUGGAUGCAGGUACUGAUGCACUGGAGGUCCUUCUGGGUCGAGUCAUUCCUGUCAGGCUCGGUAUUGUCGGAGUGGUAAACAGGAGCCAGCAUGACAUCAACAUCCAAAAGAGUCUGGAGGACUCAAUGAAGGAUGAGCAGACCUUCCUGCAGCGCCACUACCCCUCCCUCGCGUCCCGUGCAGGCUCACGUUAUCUGGCCAAAACUCUGAGCAGACUGCUCAUGCACCACAUACGAGAGUGUCUGCCAGAGCUCAAAACCCGAGUGACUGUGCUGAGUGCCCAGUACCAGGCACGACUCAACAGCUACGGGCAGCCGGUGGAGGACUACAGCGCCACCCUGCUGCAGAUCGUCACCAAGUUUGCUAGCGAUUAUUGCAACACCAUAGAGGGAACAGGCAGGCACAUUCAAACAUCAGAGCUAUGUGGGGGCGCUCGGAUCUGUUACAUAUUCCAUGAGACUUUUGGCCGCACCCUGCAGUCUAUCGACCCCCUGGGAGGACUGAGUGAUCUAGAUAUCCUCACUGCUAUCCGCAACGCCACGGGUCCACGUCCAGCACUUUUUGUGCCCGAAGUGUCUUUUGAGUUGUUGGUGAAGCGGCAAAUUAAGCGUCUGGAGGAGCCUAGUUUGCGCUGCGUGGAACUCGUUCAUGAAGAGCUGCAGAGGAUCAUCCAGCACUGCUCCUCUUUUAGCACACAGGAGCUCCUGCGAUUUCCCAAAUUGCAUGACUCCAUUGUGGAAGUAGUGACUGGAUUACUGAGGAAGCGCUUGCCAAUUACUAAUGAAAUGGUGCACAAUUUAGUGGCAAUAGAGCUUGCCUAUAUCAACACAAAACACCCGGACUUCGCAGAUGCAGCGCAGGUCUCAGCAUCCGUCAACAGUCAGCUGAUUUCUUGCUUUCAGGCAGAGGCCCUUGAUGGAGGGAAGCGCUGGAAGAAUGAGAAGGUUCCAGAGGAUAAAACUUCUGCCACAAGCUUUGGCAGCCCCAGCAAAGGCCAGGCCAUUAACCUCCUUGACACAGCUGUGCCGCCAUCCCGCAAGCUAAGCACCCGGGAGCAGAGGGACUGUGAGGUCAUCCAGCGCCUCAUCAAAUGUUAUUUCCUCAUCGUCCGCAAAAGCAUCCAAGACAGCGUGCCCAAGACAGUCAUGCACUUUCUGGUGAAUAAUGUGAAGGAGCAUCUGCAGAGCGAGCUUGUGGGUCAGCUUUACAAGCAGCAACUUCUGCAGGGGCUGCUCAUCGAGUCACAGGACACGGCUCAGCAGCGAACCGAGGUUGCCCAAAUGCUAGAGGCACUUAAAAAAGCAAAUAACAUCAUCUCUGAGAUCCGGGAGACCCAUCUGUGGUAGCCAGAGGAAAGAUAACAACAUCUUUUGUCAGAGGAUGCCUCUGAGAGUAUGAGAGUGUUUGUGAGUUUACUGUAGGGAAAAUGUGUGCGGCAGGACCACGGUUUUCUCCCAGACCAAUAACCACAGCACAUUAAGAUCAACUGUUUACCUGUUGAGCACACUGGAGCAUUGCCUUUCACUAUAAUAUUGUUUUCAUUGAUUAAUCAAUCACUCAGGCCAAACAUGUUGUUGCAAAGCUAGAAAAGUGAAAGACAACCAAGAACAAAAUCUUUUUUUUUUUUUGCAUCAUGUUAUAUGAAAGAAUUCAUGAGGUUAUAAGAUUCUGCUUUAAAUGUGCAAUUGUUGUAUAUGAUGUGUGAGUUAUUUAAUGGCUGUUUGAUGUGUCCUCUCAGGGCUUCUUCUGAGCCUCUUUUAGAAGGUGCUAAUGUUACAUAGGAUUCAGAUUCAGUGCUUCAGCUUAAAUCUACUUUGCUCAGCAGAGAUGGAAAUGAAAUCUAAGUCAAAAUCCAUCUCUUUCAGCAGUGGCUGCAGUGCAACAAAUCAAGAGACACGCUGCAGUCAUUUUCAGAAAUGACUGAGUGACUAUAGAUUGCUUUUCCAGCUCUGUAGUGCUAUAAUCAGUUUCAGGUUUAUUUUGUUGGGUCACGUUUUCAUAUCAGUACAUUUGUACGGUUGCAUAACAUUACACGUGUAUCAUAGUCUUUAAUGAAACACUCCUAUCCUGCUUUGUUUGAGGUGUUUGGCAGACUUGCAUUGAGAUGCAUAACGACCGUUCACUCUAUGAACGAACUAAGGAUCGUAUUAAGUGAACUCUCAAUUGAAAUGUUUUUAAAAGGAUAACAUUGAGAGCUUCUUUUCAAUUGCCCCAAACCAAAAAGCUCACCAAGGAUGAUGGAAAAGAGAUGAGCUUGUUCCAUAUUUGAACUUUUUUGUGUGUUCCCAGUUGUGAACAUGUAUCCCAACUUAGCCAGACGUGUUGCUUGAUGUGUUUAAAAAAGAAAAAAAGCAUAUUUUUCAAAUGUUUAUUCCAUUCUCUCCAAUCAGCACAACCUUUUCUCUCAUCAGAAUUAAAAUCAAGUCCAAAAAAUGCAACUUUCUCAGGAAAACCUGCUUUUAUGGGACCAUCAAACAGUAGCUCCGAAAAGACCCUGCUUCAGGUUGCAUGUGUGUGUGCAGUACGCAUGUGUGGAGAUGUGAAUGGUUAUAUAUAUAUUUUUUGUUAUUUAAAUGUAUAUUAUCGUGUGUCCACUGCCUCUGAGUUCUUGCCUGCCAAUAUUUGUGAUACUCUACUUGUUCGUGGAAUUAAUUCAUGAGACUCAUUAAACUUUAAAGGACA